UGGUUGCUGUAUAUGUAGGUGAUACUGUUGAUAGUGAUUGUAGUAUCUGCAUAUCUGUAGUAGUAGUGGUACUAAUUGGUGUAGGUCUAGGCCAUUUUUUGUUUUUGUGUGUCUUCAUGGAGUAG